CAGAUUAACUAAAUAUAAAUAAAACAUAAUAAUAAUUUCUUAAUAAAUUUUAAACAAGAACAAUGAAGUGUCAAUCAUCAAUACAACUUAAGUUUCAAGCAAAUGCGCCCACUUUAACCUUAUUGAUGAAAGUGGAGAAAGCAAGGACAUUAUGAAAAUCAAACACUAUCCAGGAAAAGCGGUCAUGGAGGACCCCUGGCUUUCCUUAAACGACAGAACAAUGGACCUUGUAUAUGCUGCUAACUGGGUCGGCGCAGAGAACCUUAACGAGUAUAAUAGCACCAGUAGUAGCCAAUCUAAUGGUUCCAAAUUUAACUCUAUAUCAAGAAGCAAAUCAUGCCGAGAUGUGGGACGCACCGUUGAUAGAGAUCAAAAUGAUAGUUCAUACGAUUCGGAGCACAAUGGUUAUAAUUAUCCCCCCAAUGUGCCUAGCAGUAACAAUAUAUCUCAAUUAGCCAAAUACCAACAAGACAUUGAGGAAAAAUCUAGAGCAACAAAUAACCUUCUAAUUCAAAAUAAAUUAAAACAUAGUUAUAGUUUUAAAGACAUGCCAAACGGUUACAAACCGUCAACCCUAAGGAGAGUUAAACGAAGAAAUUUUACAGAAUGGGAUAUAGAUGCUUUUGGAAAUAAUGAGCGACAACCACCUAUUCCGCCACAGCGAAAAGAGUCGCUAAAAUAUGCUCACCGGCAGAAGAAAGUGGAUUCAAAAAAGCCUUGCUAUCCUCUUCCGGACCCAGGUCCUGUACCACCUGACCCAUCUUCAGAAUCCUAUUACGAAUAUUAUUCACGUGUAAGCCAACAGAACAAUGAGACAGAUAGCGAUAAAAUAAAACUAAUUCAUAAAGAUCCAAAAAUAGAACCACCAAAUUAUAAUGGUUCUAUUUCUAAUAACUCGAUUAGGGGAUUUGGUAAUGAUAUGUACCAAAUUAUUAAUUCUAUGGCCACGUUGGAUUUAGCACCGAUUAAGUUCAGAUCUGGUAAACACAAACACGAUAAGGAUAGUGACGCGGAAGGUUUUGGUUUAUAUAAGCAUAAUAAUGGAUCUGCAUGCGAACAAAUUCCUCAACACAUAAAGCAACCAAACAUUGAACUGAACGGUUGCGUAGACGAUGCACGACCUAAUUUUCGGUCUAAAUCGUUGAGAGUCAAGAGUGAGAGUAGAGCUCCUUUAAAAGCAUAUCUUGAUACAAUGGAAUAUAACGACAAUGCAUACAAUAACAACGUUACCGUCACUCAACCGAAAAGGAACCUCUCUCCAAGCGAGCAGUUAACGUUAAUGCAGUAUGAAACGUGUAAAGGAAGUCAAAAUCCGCCUCUACCGCCCAUCAGUAACGGUUAUAACUCGGUUAAAUGGGGGAAAGAAAGUGACCAUCGGACUUCAAACGGUGCUAUUAGGCAAAAAUCUGAUAAAUACGGCAAAUUAUAUAACACAGUGCGAGUAAAAAGUGAAGAUAGAUAUGAUAGGUAUAAUGACAUUUUAUCUCUGGGACAGCUCAGAGAAGGUAUAAGUGAGGAACGUGUAAGUGAUAAAGCUAAGAAUGGCGCGUAUCCGCGUAGUGCAAAAAGUUCGUCUAGUGGUUCCGACUCGGACUUUUCGAUACCGCGACCCAAACUAAUAGUACCUGUGCAUACUUAUGGAACUCGAAAGAGAAGAACGGGAAAUCUUUGUCAGCGAGAGAGUAACGCGACGGAGUGUUCAUUAGACGCUGGUAUAGUACUCAAUGUCUCGCGUCUCGAAGAGCAGUCCAAAGAAAAUCACCGAAAUGGAGAUACAGAGGGCAGAGUGGAGGUUUCGAGGGAGAACAAGUACCUUAGUACAAUGGCGCCUGGAAAGGUAUUUGGUGAACUGGCCAUACUCUACAACUGCAAAAGAACGGCCACCAUAAAAGCAGCUACGGAUUGUAGGCUUUGGGCAAUCGAACGUCAAUGUUUCCAAACUAUUAUGAUGAGGACUGGACUCAUCCGUCAAGCUGAAUACACGGACUUCCUUAAAAGCGUUCCCAUCUUCAAGGAUCUUCCCGAGGACACGCUUAUUAAAAUAUCCGACGUGCUUGAAGAAACACACUAUCAAAACGGUGAUUACAUCAUACGACAGGGCGCCAGAGGAGAUACCUUCUUCAUUAUAUCCAAGGGACAAGUCAAGGUAACGCAGAAACAGCCAAAUAGCAAUGAUGAAAAAUUCAUUAGAACUCUCACCAAGGGCGAUUUCUUCGGUGAAAAGGCAUUGCAAGGAGACGAUCUACGAACGGCCAACAUUGUCUGCGACUCACCAGAGGGCACCACGUGUCUUGUCAUUGAUCGGGAGACAUUCAAUCAGCUGAUUUCCACGUUGGACGAAAUUCGCACCAAAUACAAAGACGAAGGCGACGACCGACAAAGGCUCAACGAAGAAUUCGCCAAUCUCCGCUUAUCAGACCUACGUAUCAUUGCCACUCUGGGUAUCGGUGGUUUUGGUCGCGUCGAGCUGGUCCAAAUACAGGGAGACUCGAGCCGUUCUUUCGCCCUGAAGCAGAUGAAGAAAGCCCAGAUCGUUGAAACGAGACAGCAACAGCACAUCAUGUCAGAGAAAGAGAUAAUGUCGGAGAUGAACUGCGAAUUCAUAGUAAAGUUGUACAAGACGUUCAAGGAUCGUAAAUACUUGUAUAUGCUUAUGGAGACUUGCCUUGGGGGAGAGUUGUGGACUAUUUUGAGAGAUAAGGGUCAGUUUGACGAUUCCACUACUAGAUUCUACACAGCUUGCGUCGUUGAAGCGUUCCACUACUUGCAUUCUAGGAAUAUUAUUUACAGGGAUCUCAAGCCAGAGAACUUACUCCUAGACUCCAAAGGCUACGUGAAGCUGGUGGACUUCGGAUUCUCUAAGAAGUUGCAGGCCAGUCGCAAGACUUGGACAUUCUGUGGUACUCCAGAGUACGUAGCCCCUGAAGUCAUCAUGAACAGGGGUCACGAUAUAAGCGCGGAUUACUGGUCUUUGGGUGUCUUGAUGUUCGAGCUUCUAACUGGAUCGCCGCCAUUCACUGGAGCCGAUCCAAUGAAGACGUACAAUAAGAUCCUAAAGGGUAUUGAUGCAGUGGAGUUCCCGAGAUGCAUCACCCGCAACGCUGCUAACCUCAUCAAGAAACUCUGUAGGGACAACCCUGCAGAGAGACUGGGCUACCAGCGAGGCGGCAUUACAGAGAUUCAGAAACACAAAUGGUUCGACGGCUUCAACUGGGAAGGUCUAGCGAUGCGCACGCUUGAGCCACCCAUAAAGCCAACCGUCAAAUCAGCAGUUGACACACACAACUUCGACCAAUACCCACCCGAUGCCGAUGAGCCUCCACCCGAUGACCUCUCUGGCUGGGACGCUACUUUCUAAAUAUUCUAGAACUCGCUGGAACUUUCUAGAUUUUCUGGGGUCCAAGUCUUUUAGGGACCUGUAAGAUGUUCUUAAUACUUCAUACUUUCUACAUCUUCCUCGAUCUUUUAGAACUCUCUAGAACAUUUUGGGAUUCUUAGAUUUUUCUCUACUCUCUGAAUGCAAUAUAAAUAAUCCUUUGACAUGAAAGACAAUUUGUCUGCAAUAACUUUCUAGAAUACACUAGUAAUAUUCUAGAGGUGACAAUUUAUUUACUAUAGACAAUCUAGAAUACUUCUAGAACUCUCUAGAACGACUAAUAACGAAUUCAAAAUUACUUAUGACGCCGUUUUCAAUAAAACUAUGAAGCUACAAUUAGUAGAAUUGUAAAUAACCUGUGAUGGUAAUCACAAGUAGCACAAAAUAGAUCUUCUUAGUAGAAUUAAGUAAAGUCAAGUUAUAUGAGAAUCGAAUUAGAUACUAUUAGGAUUCUUGUCUCAUAUUAGUCAAGCAAGUUUGCCAUACAGGACUUGCCCGUAUAAGAUAUAAUUUAGUCAUACCUUAAAAAUUUAGUUUAAUACAGAAUUCAUAACAUUUUUGUUUGGUAGUCUAAUGCAUUAAAGUUUUUGGCCGCGCUUUUGACUGAAACAAAGGAUUUCUAUUUGUCUAUCUCGUACAGAGCAAGCAAAACCAACGCGAAUCUAAAAUACCUAUAUGGCAAAAUUAUCAAACUCAUUUAUUUGAGGCAAAGAUCCAUAAGUAUUGUAGCGCCUCUGAGCGUUAAAUAUACAUAGAAAUCUUUCUAAUGACAUGUUAAGUCUAUGCAAAUCAACUAAGUAAAUUAAUUGCAUAUCUCAUUGUAUCCAUAAUUCUCAGUCUAAAUCCAAAAAUUUUAACCUUUCCCUGACUAAGGCAUUUUUAAGUAAUUCAAAAGCAAAUAUGAAACUUUGGGGCGCUAUAAGCUUUUUCAUACAAAUAUUUGGUUCUACUUAUUAUAAUAAAAUAGUAUAUAAAAUAAAUAAACAAUAUCUCUAUAACCGAUAUAAUUAUGUAGAUAAAAAAAUAGUUCUCCUUAUCUCUUUCAAUCGCUAAGAUUUAAAACUCAUGUAAGACAAGAUUUUUUUUAUAAUUCCCUUGCUUUCUGUCCAAUUUGUCAUCUUAAGUUUUCAAAAGGUGAUUUGUAUACCAAAUGUUACCAAACGAUGAAUCCCAUAAUAUUUGUAAAUAUAAAAUAAUCUUAAAUAUUGCAUACUGUAUAAAUGUUAUGAUAAUAUAUGCCUUUUAAAAUUUGUGACAAUAAUCAAAUUUCUUAAGCAUAGAGGGCUCAUAUUAAUAUUUAUCGUAAGCUCGCACUAAGUAAAAUAAGUUCAAUCUAUUUAAAAUAAGUGCCUUUGGGAAAUUUGAUAAAACCUUAACACAUAUUGGUUCGCCGUUUCAAAAGUGUAUGGCUCAAAUUAUACCUAAAAUUGAAA